AUGCGAGAGUAGCACCGGCACGGCGCGGGCGGCCAAAGGUGAAGAAUUCCGAGAGAUCGAAAGACGUGCUCGUACUGCCAACAAUACCGGCUCGAGCAACGGAAAGAGAACUCGCAAAAUAGCCUUGGGUAUACUUGCUGCGAUGACCGUGAACUAUUUCUCGGUAUUAUGUCGAGUCACGAGCCACUGAAUGAUAAUUCGUGGCCAGCUUCCGUGAACGCAUGUCGAGAUAAUUUUCACCGAUCGGGAAAGCUUAUUGGUAAAAAUGCUGGCAGAUUAUGGAAAGGUGCAAAGGGGAUGGACAAGCCCGAGUCCUCCACCGCGGACGAGAGCAACGGGGAUCUCGAGGACAGGGACCCCAACAGUUUGAACCAACACCUGCAGGUGAUGUGGGAUGACGUGAUCGGAGAACCGGAAGGAAUACGGAGCCCCGAGUGCGCGUGGCGUCUCAGCGGUCACUGCUUCCGACUGUCCAGGGGAUGCUGCUACGUGUUGCUCUCGGUUCUCGUUGCUCCGUUGCUCGCUCUCUGCUUAGGCUUCACCUUCGCUUGCCUCGCGUUUCAGCAUAUAUGGUGCCUGGCGCCUUGCCUCCGCGUUUGGAAAAUUACCUGCGCGGCGACGAGAAAUUUUCUCACCGCUCUGACGCAGGCCAUCGUGCGUCCCUUCAUGGACUCCAUCGGCUACUUGUUUCACAACAUUCGGGUGUACAAUCAAAAGCUACCAGAUGGUCCUGCUCACAAAGAAGACGUCCUGGUGGUGUAAGAUUUACCAUCGAGAAAUCGACCAUCUACAUCGUUUACGAAUCAUUCGAGUGCCUUCUGAGUCGACGGGUAAAGAUUAACGUAAAAUUUGAACAAUAUCGUUUUUACAUUUUGUUCUUUGAUCGAUACAUUCCGCGUUAUCCAGCGUAACGAUUAUCCCCUGCUGCAUCAUUUAAUCGUCUACGUCGCGGAGUUAGUCGAAUCGGCUAGUCUUGAACAUUUCGUGAACGCGAAAAAAUUCUAUAUCUGUAUCUAUAUCUAUAUAAUGUUAUAAUGUUUUGUAAAUAAAACGUGUCCCAUGGAAACA